AUGAGUUCCGACACGAUCCAAACCCCGGAAUCCACCACCAGCAACAUCACAAUCCCCGAUCAAGAGAUGGCAGGCGAACCCAUAGUGAACGAUCAAGAGGACUCUCUUCAAUCUGGCGGAUCUCAAAAUAAGGAGACAAGGAGCGAUUCUGUGACUACGGAUGUUACAGUUCACACAACUGCUUCAUCGCUUCACGGUAUCCUUGCAGCUUUGAGCAUCCAACUCUCUCAGAUACCCUCGGGAGAUCAAUUGAUCAGGGUCCAAGAAUUAAUCCAGACACACCUUCCAACAACGGUUGGUAAUCCAGCAAUGCCGAUCGACGGUUGUCCUCUCCUCGAAUUGAUUCCUAUAGAGUGCCGGAAGGAAAUUUGGGAGUACCUUCUUUACAACCCACUUCUCAGCGAGAGCUAUGCGGCAGACGGUUAUGGAGUCGAAUUCGAACUUUCCCCGGCUAUUCUGAGAGUUAAUAAACAGACAUAUAAUGAGGGUAUUGAUAUUCUCUAUGGACGCAACAGAUUUCUGGUUCAGUGUAUCCCGCAAAGAUCUUUUAAUUUUGGCACUGAUUAUCUCGCUCUCUCUGCAUUGACCAGAUAUCAACUAUUCGAUCGUGUCAACACAUCUGCAGAAGAAGAUUUUAACGGCGGGUCAUGUGUAGGGAAUGGCCUUGCAUCACUCUGUCGCAACAUCUACAUGGCAAAUAUACAGUCAAUUGAUGUUUUGAUUAUUCCUCGAGGUAUUGAAAGAGACUGGGGUUCUGCCGAGACCUAUGUUGAUGAAAGUCAACUGGCUCUUACCUUCAAACCACUGGAGCGACUACGAAAUAUCCAGCAAUUUACCAUCCGUGCUGCCGAGUUUCAUGAAAUCCCUAUGGAUAGAUUGAGCGACGAGGCGGAGCUUGCGGAUGAGUUUACGCCUAUCUUGCCUGAUCCGGUUGAUGAGGACGACAUGGAAAGGUUUAAACUCCACCGCACAACGUUGAUUCAGUACCUGGAGCCUCACUACGAGGCCAUUGAAGCAGCCUCGAUUGACCUGGUUGAUUUAAUCAAAAGUGAAAAGAGACCCGAUGGGUUUUUUGAUCACGAACAAUAUUAUCGUUGUGAUUGCGUGGAUACCGCUACUGAAGCCAUGCUCUUACUCGAGGAUUAUGCGUCGAGCUUUGCGCGAAGAUUGGAACGAGGAACAAGACUCGCUAUCCGGAAGCAAAAGCUUCUUUUCGACUCUCGAUAUGAUGCUCUUCCACGAGAACAGCUGUUGAGGUCAUGCGAGAUGGCGUAUGAAAAGCAAUGGUGGAAUCGUUUCGUGGACAACUACAAGAAGGCCGUAAACGACAUGGAUACCCAGUACCUUGCCAUCAGAGAGGCACGGAGGGAGCUCUAUGCGUGGGACCUGCCGUCAACUGUCCGCGAAACAGCUUUCAUGCCAAGUGUUCUUGAUGGGAUGAUCGGCUGGGACACAUAUGAGCCGGACAUGAGAGUCAAUGAAGCAUGGAUCGAAUACCGCUCUUAUGCCCACAGUGAGUCUCCGGAAUACGAAAAUGACCACUCGAGCGACCGUGGCGACCAUGAAUGGAAUUAA